AUGAAUCUCUCUCUCUCUUCCUCGUUGUGUGUAUAUGAAUCUCUCUCUCUCUCCCUCAUUGUGUAUAUGAAUCUCUCUCUCUCUCUCUUCCUCAUUCUGUGUAUACGAAUCUCUCUCUCUCUCUUCCUCAUUGUGUGUAUACGAAUCUCUCUCUCUCUCUCCCUCAUUGUGUAUAUGAUCUCUCUCUCUCUCUCUUCCUCAUUCUGUGUAUAUACGAAUCUCUCUCUCUCUCUUCCUCAUUGUGUGUAUACGAAUCUCUCUCUCUCUCUUCCUCAUUCUGUGUAUACGAAUCUCUCUCUCUCUCUUCCUCAUUUGUGUAUACGAUCUCUCUCUCUCUCUCUUCCUCAUUCUGUGUAUACGAAUCUCUCUCUCUCUCUUCCUCAUUCUGUGUAUACGAAUCUCUCUCUCUCUCUUCCUCAUUCUGUGUAUACGAAUCUCUCUCUCUCUCUUCCUCAUUCUGUGUAUACGAAUCUCUCUCUCUCUCUUCCUCAUUCUGUGUAUACGAAUCUCUCUCUCUCUCUUCCUCAUUCUGUGUAUACGAAUCUCUCUCUCUCUCUUCCUCAUUCUGUGUAUACGAAUCUCUCUCUCUCUCUCUUCCUCAUUGUGUGUAUACGAUCUCUCUCUCUCUCUUCCUCAUUCUGUGUAUACGAAUCUCUCUCUCUCUCUUCCUCAUUCUGUGUAUACGAAUCUCUCUCUCUCUCUUCCUCUCUCUCUCUCUUCUCUCUUUCAUUCUGUGUAUACGAAUCUCUCUCUCUCUCUUCUUCCUCAUUCUGUGUAUACAGAUCUCUCUCUCUCUCUCUUCCUCAUUCUGUGUAUACAGAAUCUCUCUCUCUCUCUUCCUCAUUCUGUGUAUACGAAUCUCUCUCUCUCUCUUCCUCAUUCUGUGUAUACGAAUCUCUCUCUCUCUCUCUUCCUCAUUCUGUGUAUACGACUCUCUCUCUCUCUCUCUCUUCCUCAUUCUGUGUAUACGACUCUCUCUCUCUCUCUCUUCCUCAUUCUGUGUAUACGACUCUCUCUCUCUCUCUCUCUUCCUCAUUCUGUGUAUACGACUCUCUCUCUCUCUCUCUCUUCCUCAUUCUGUGUAUACGACUCUCUCUCUCUCUCUCUCUCUUCCUCAUUGUGUGUGUGACAAUCUCUCUUUUCUUCAAUGUACAUGAGUCUCUCUCUUCGUCACACUGUGUAACUCAGUGUCUCUCUUUAUUGUAUGUGCAUUGGUGUGUUUAUUUUGUUUUUUUGUUUUAUUUGUGGUCAGUGGUCAUUAUUUUCUGA